GUUUAUGAAUGGUAAUAUCAAAUUGUUCAUUUUUUUUUUUUUAUUUCGAGUCUCAACGUAAUAUUGGCGCUUUUUCUUUGAUUUUUGUUCGAUGUUGAAAAUUGUGAACAUAUCGACUUAAUAUAUUUGCUAUGGAUGCUAUGGAUUCUGAUACUAGACGAUCAAAGCGAGCAUUAAGCCGUCAAGCAGCUAAAAAACAAGAAGCAUUGGAACGACUUCGUUCGUUGAAAAAUUCUGGCCAAAAAAAUCGUCUAGUUAAUCUGGAAGAAGCCUGUGUCUAUGAAGAGGUGGAUGAAGAAUCAUAUGCCCAAUUGGUUUCAAAACGUCAACGUGAUGAUUGGAUUGUUGAUGAUGAUGGGGGUGGUUAUGCUGAACAUGGCCGUGAAAUAUUCGAUGAUGAAUAUGAUUCAUUUGAGGAUGAUGCUGAAUCUGGUAAUAAUAGUGAUCGCACAAAAAUACGAAAUAAAUACAAAUUACAAGGAAAUGGUUCGAAAGAAUGUAAAGAAGAUAAAAAAGGAGAUAUUCGAAACAUGUUCAAUAAAUGGAAAAAUACGAAGCCUAAACACUCACCUAUGGCCGUCUCUUUGGCACCCGUGAAAAAAUCUUUGAAUGAAGUUCGUAUCGAUAAUACUGAGAUUGAUAAUCUGGUCGAUUCUAUCACAUCGACAUCCAAAUUUCCAUUGGUAGCUGGAAACAGUUUUCAACCACUGAAAUUGCAGCGUAAACAAACUGGCAUCGGAACACCAAAUAGUGCAAAAAAACGGAAAACAUUUGAAUCAUCGAAAAUUGGUCAAUCUACUUUACAACAGUUUUUACCACCGUUUAAACGUCGUUCGAAUAUUAAUACGGAUUUGGAUUUCGAUCAAAUCAUCGAUAAAGAUGAAAUUUAUAGAAACCAACAGCAAACAAUUGAUGAUGCAAACAUUAAGAUUUCGAUCAAACAAGAACCAUUGGACGAUUUUUCCUUGAAUGAUUCGGAUUUCACGCUUCCUGAUCAUAAUAGCGAUGAUUUUGAUGAUAUCGAUUCUUCAAAUCAGAUUUCAAUGAAAUUGAAAGUGGAAAAAUUUCCAGAAGAAGAAUGGAUCGUUUCGAAUAGUAAUGUUGAUGUAGCUGAUUCGAAUGAAACAUCAACUGUGACGAAAACUACACCACAUUACAUCUUACCAAAAGAUAUACAAUUCGAAUUCGAUCAGGAUCAAAAUAAGUUAUUGAAAUUCUAUUGGUUCGAUGCAUUCCAUGAUCCGAAUUCUCAUUCAGAUAGAAUUUUUCUGUUUGGUAAAAUUUAUGCUGAUUCUUCACACAAACAACAUGUUAGUUGUUGUUUGCAAGUAAAAAAUCUUGAACGACGAAUAUUCAUUUUACCACGGGAAUAUUUUCGUGAAGAUCGAGCUCGUCGUGUUCAAAUGGACGAUGUACGUGAAGAAUUUGAACAACAAAUUGCACCACAAUUAAAAUUGCGACAAUUCCGUUCUCGUAAAGUAAUCAAAAGAUAUGCAUUCGAAUUGGAUCAGAUUCCUGAUGAAGCUGAAUAUUUGGAAAUCCUAUAUCCUGCCUCUUAUCCGCCUUUUCCGACGAAAUUUGCUCAAGGAAAUACGUAUCGACAUGUUUUUGGUACGCAAGCUUCAAUUCUUGAGAAUUUUAUUCUUGAUAAAAACCUAAUGGGUCCAGGAUGGUUGUUGAUAAAAAAUCCUGAAAUUACCGAACAACCAGUCAGCUGGUGUAAGUUGGAAUUGGCCAUAUCUAAACCAAAAGAUCAGUUAUCGGUUCUGGAAGGAACCACUCUACCGGCAACACCUGAUUUUACUCUACUUAGUCUUUGUUUCAAAACAUUUGUCCACGUAGAAACUAAAACGACCGAAAUUGUAGCCAUUAGUUGUCUAGUGAAUCGUCAAUUCAAUUUUGAACAGAAUAAUCAACCACAAAAACAGAAAAAAUUUGAUCAUCAUUUUUGUAUUAUCACCAAAUUGGGUGGCCGAAAUGGUAAAGAUCUUCCUGUUGAUUUCAAUCAUAAAAUGGCUCUAAAAGACUAUGGAAAAACCAGAGUUGAAAUCAUGAUGAAUGAACGAGAAUUGCUGACUUAUUUCAUGGCUAAAUUUCAACAAAUCGAUCCUGAUAUAAUAAUUGGCCAUGAUAUCUAUAACUUUGAUUAUGAUAUUCUAUUGCAAAGAUUUGGUCAUCAUAAAAUUCCAUUACAAUGGUCCAAAUUAGGGCGGCUUAAAUGUUCAGGUAUACCUGCAACAAAUCGAUCAACGAAUAAAGAUAAACAUCUUCUACAUGGUCGUUUGGUAUGUGAUGUAAAAUUAAUGAGCCGUGAACUAUUGACACGUGCUAAAAGUUAUGACCUUACUGAAUUGUCAAGUCAAUUAUUACGAAAAGGUCGUUUUGAGAUAGAACCACAUCGAUUGCCACAAUAUUAUGAAGAUUCAACUCGUCUUAUUCGUUUAAUCGAAUUUCUUAUGAAAGAUAAUGAUCUCAUAUUGUCCAUUGCAUAUGAAUUGAAUUGCCUACCACUUUGUAAGCAAAUAACUAAUAUUGCUGGAAAUUUGCUAUCACGAACAUUGCUUGGUGGCCGAUCCGAACGUAAUGAAUAUUUAUUGUUACAUGCAUUUAAUCAACGUGGUUAUAUUGUGCCGGAUAAAGCAGAUCGAACAACAUCAAAAUCAGAAAACAAACAACAACAAAUAGUUAAACAAGAGGAGACGAAACAAACAACAGAAACGGAUGAUAAAUGGGCCGAUAAUAAAAAAUCAUCAUAUACCGGUGGUUUGGUUUUAGAACCAAAAAUAGGCUUUUAUGAUCGUUUCAUUCUAUUGAUGGAUUUCAAUUCACUUUAUCCAUCGAUUAUACAAGAAUAUAAUAUUUGUUUCACAACAAUCCGUCGUCUUUCGAAAAAUGAUGAUAAUUUAAUUGACUUGGAAUCGUCCAUCGAAAAAGAUGUUGAAGGUGUACUACCGGUCGAAAUUCGUAAAUUAGUCGAAUCUAGACGUGAAGUUAAACGACAAUUAAUCGAUCCAGCCAUUUCAAACGAUCAACGGUCACAAUUGGACAUUAAACAAAAAGCAUUGAAAAUUACAGCAAAUUCAAUGUAUGGUUGUUUGGGUUAUGGCCGUUCACGUUUUUAUGCUAAACAUUUGGCUUCAAUGGUAACACUAAAAGGCCGUGAAAUUCUUUUACAUACAAAAGAAAUGGUCGAAAAAAUGGGUUUUGAAGUUAUCUAUGGUGAUACAGAUUCUAUAAUGAUAUUGACGUCUUGUACCAAAUAUGAAGAAGUUCGUGAAAUCGGACGUAAAAUCCAAGCCGAAGUUAAUAAACUAUAUCGGCGGCUUGAAAUCGAUAUUGAUGGCGUGUUUCGAUCGAUGUUGUUGUUGAAGAAAAAAAAAUAUGCCGCUUUGACGGUCAUUCCACCACGUUCGAGUAAUCAAUCAGAAUUGCAAUAUGAACGCGAAAUCAAAGGUCUAGAUAUUAUUCGACGUGAUUGGUCAUCAUUAGCUAAAAUGGCCGGUGAAGCAGUUUUGGAUCAUAUUCUUAAACCUGAUCAAAAUUCCGAAUUGAUUGCCGAUCAAAUUCAUCAAUAUAUAAAACAAUUGGCUGAACAAAUUCGUAGUGGACAAUUGGAAUUGGAAUUGUUUGUUAUAAAUAAAGCGUUGGCCAAACGACCCGAAGAAUAUGGUGAACAAGGCAAAAAUUUAACACAUGUUAUGGUUGCCCUUCGAUAUAAUCAAUUGAAUUUAGGAAAAAAAUUGGGCUCAGGUGAUACGGUCCCAUUUAUCAUUUGUGUGGAUGGUACGAAAAAUUCGCCCACACAACGUGGAUAUCAUUUGGAUGAGGUUCGACAAAAACUUGUUAAGCAGGAAGAUUCAAAGAAGGAGAAUCAAGAGAAAACUCCGUUUCAUAUUGAUAUUGAUUAUUACCUUAGUCAACAAGUAUUUCCAAUCGUUUCGCGUAUAUGUGAACCACUUGAUGGUACUGAUGCCGUUAUAUUGGCCGAAUUUCUUGGUAUUAAUUACCAUCGUCAUGUUGAUCGUGGUGUAUCUGGUGAUCAUCAAUCGCGAAAAGAAAUGGAUCCAACUUUUUCUGUUGCUUGUGGUGAUGAAAAAUAUGAUUGCUAUGAUUCAUUAUUUCUUCGUUGUCCCUUUGACAAUUGUGGUAAAUCUUUGGAAAUUCGCGAUCUAUUCCGUUUAUGGUCAGAUCGAAAAAUUCGUGGAUUAGAUCUGAAAGAAGUGUUGAAAAAUUAUAAAUCAGAUAGUCUAUUUGAAUUAACAUUGGCCGGUUGUUUAAAUUGUCAUCGAAGAUUUGAUACAAAAUUCGUUGAAUUUUAUUUCGAUCUAGAAUUAAGGCGACAAAUAGAUUAUCAUGUAAGUCAAAGAUUCGGUCAACGAUGGAUGCAUUGUGAUGAUCGUGGCUGUUCACAUCGGACUCGUUACCUAUCCGGUUUGACUACACAAAAACACAUUGUUUGUCCACGAUGUGGUAACGGAAAUCUUCAGCCAAAGGAUUCUGAACAUUUCCUCUAUGAACAGCUUACAUUUUUUCAUCGUAUAUUUGAUUUUGAUCGCACUAUACAACGAUUUAAUCUGCUUUCACUUCCGGAUGAAUAUGAAUGGAAUUCUCGUCGAAAUAAACUCAAAAAAGAAUAUGGUGAUCUAUUUAAUCGUCUGCGACGUACCGUACAAUAUUAUCUGGAUAAAAGUUCAUACAAUGAAUUUGAUUUGGGAUUUUUGUUUCACAAAUUUCGUUAUAAUACCAACAACAAAUCUGUUGCUGCUAACAAGACCAUUCAUUCAUCUUGAUCUCUAUUAUAUUGAUUAUUCUUUAUAAUAGCUUACCACACAUAUAUUAUCAUUGUAGCCUUUGUAUUUUUUUCUCUCUAAUCAGGUCUAUUGUUAUUCAUUAAAGCUUAUUUCAUUAUUUUCUAUUGAA